UUAACAUGGUAUAGCCCUCGCAGUGGUUUGUGCCGCCGCGGACUAAUUUUCUCAUACUCCACUUGGAGAAGAGUGUAUUCAGUUGAUUCGAGGGAAGCAGUGUUGGACCAAGUGUGUGCACAGAUGCUUUUGUUGUAUCGUGUGUUCUGGGCGUUAUUGGGAAAUCUCCUCGAAAUCUAAUGGCUGUUUACGCACUUCACUUCAAAGGUUGACUCGAAUAUAUUUGAGGGAGAACGGUGCGAUCAAACGAACUGCAAGCGGAUUUGAAAGCCCCCACUAACACGAGGAUCAUGGUGAGAGACUUGAUUGGCAACCGAAACUUUUCUCUGCGUGUAAAUGUAUUGCGAGGAUGCUGUUUAGCUAAUGAAUGUAACCGCUGCCUCCCAGUUUCAAUCGGAAGUAGAGCUAUUUCCCGGAAAAAGGUUGAAAAGUAGCCUUUUCCACGUGGAGGACAGGAACUUGAACGUGGAUUGACUCGGGAAAAAAAAAACAUUUGUGCACUGUAAUAAGCACUGUGCUUCGUUUCAUCUAUCAGAUUCAUUGGAACCACAGGUGAAAAAAUGCGUUUUGUGAGCUCAUUGUUAUGUUGUAAACUUGAAGAAUCCCGGGAAAAUACGACUCUGCUUCGUUUGUGGUUUUUCUUUGCCAUCCUUGUUUCAGAUUCAGCCUGUCCUGACAAAUGCGUCUGUUUCACAUCCACGGUAAAAUGUGUGAACCAGGGCUUAUUCAUGGUUCCGCAACCAUUGCCAGCAAACACUAAAACCCUGUUUAUUACUGGGAACAACAUUUCUCAUCUCACAGCUGGGUCUUUCCCUGUGCCUCUUGAGCAGUUAACAGACUUGUAUCUCACGGGAAACCAGGUGGAGCUGGUGGGCCACAAUGUAUUAAACAACUUGCCAAAUCUCAGACUGCUAGACUUGAGUAACAACAGGAUUCUGAAUUUUAGUGCUCAAGCCUUCCCUGAUUACAACAAACUGCUGGAUCUGAACCUCAGCAGGGCUUUUUACAACCAUUCUUUCAUGGAUGAGCUCUUCAGCCUGCUACGGAGUGGCGGAGCCCUUCAACUUACCCGCUUAGACCUGUCUAACAAUGACCUGGUUGUCCUCCCUGAGGGCAUGUUCUCCCACCUCCCCAACCUCACCAUCCUCAACCUACAAAACAACUCCCUCAUUUUCAUCCGGAACGGGACGCUGAGUGUUCCUCCGCUCCGUGAGCUAGACUUGAGGGACAAUACCCUGAGGCAACUACCCAACACUACACUGAUGGACUUCAGCCUCAAGCCUGGGCUUCAGGUGCAUCUGGCAGGGAACCCUUGGCUCUGUGACUGCAAUAUUGAGGACCUUGUGGCCUGGCUGAGGAGCUCCGAGCAGGUCACAGACAAGCAGAAUAUGACCUGUUCUGACCCUGAGGUUCUGCGGCAGUUACCGUUGCUCCAGAUAGAGGACUUGGAGUUGGAGUGUACCUUUUCAGGUGAAAUGAAAAGUGUGCUGGAGACCUCGUAUGUCUUCCUGGGCAUGGUGCUGGCCUUGAUCGGAGUGAUAUUUCUGCUGGUCCUCUACCUCAACAGGAAGGGGAUAAAGCGUUGGAUAUAUAAUAUUCGGGACGCGUGCAGGGACCACAUGGAGGGCUACCAUUACAGGUAUGAGAUCAGCUCGGACCCCAGGUUGGCCAACCUCAGUCUCAACUCCGACAUUUAAGAGGACCGCUAUGUGAGCCAGGGCCCCACAGUGACUGAGGCAUUAUGACUUGUCAAGAGCAGGAUAUGCAUGAGUAUCUCUGUAGUUCCGGGGGGCUCCGGCCUGCAACCCCCCCCCCCAUAGUACUGUCCAGACUUCUACACCAGUCAUGACUCUUAGUAUCCUCAGUCAUGACGACCCACAAUCUGCCACCACGCAUGCCCUUGGCCCCUGCAAUGCAGUGUCUAUUUGUUUUUUCACCUUUUCAUGUAGAUCAACGAUCCAUGGACUGAGAAUCAUGACUCAGAUGGGGUUUGUGAGAGGGCUCUAUGUAAUAUAACAUUUUCCCUUCCUUGAGCAAAAGAGGAUGGUAUGUAAAACUCCCAACUAAACAGACUUAUUUUGACUGGUAGUAACUAGGCUAUAUACAUAGGAUAUAUAUAUAUCCUUUCUGCUGGUUAUAUUUUAAACACUUUUUUGUUUUUUUGUAUUGCUAUGCUUGUUUGGUUGUAUUUAUUCCUUUUUAAUAUAAUUAUUAAAGCACUUGCUAAUUUCUCUCACUAGUAUUGCACUUGUUAGGUGGACAUUAUCAACAUUUUUCAUGAUGUACAGCUGAAUAAAAUGUCUUGCAUUGCUGUUUUCCUUUCUCGGCUGAGGUCCUUUAAACUCCAGUGACUGAGGAAUGUGCAGGUAUUUGGGCACCAGAGAGAUUCCCGGUCACGAAAUGGAGAAGUUCCCACUCCCUCGUUGCAGGUUCAAACACAUGCAUGCAGACAGAGGUCAUCAUGCCACAGCCAGCACCGACCAUACCACACAGGCAAGACUUCACAUGUCACCUUUAUACAUUAACUCGUUCUCUGUCAGCUCGUGCAGAUGAGACAUUUACAGGCAGCAGCCGUUGUUGACUUUCCAAUUUUUACUCUGAAGAGGUGAGAAGGCUAACUGGGACUUCUGAAGGUGGCAGAAUUGACCUUGAAGAUGAAUUGAUUUGAAUUACUUUCCAAUUAAAGUUAAGUCAACUUCCAUUCUAUUUGGGAAGCGAGACGUGACUGAAUGUUCCUGUCCAAUUAAAUCCCUACUAGGAUUCGGAUAGAAAUCCCUGGCGCGAUAGUCAAGUGAUUGCAUACCUCAGAACCAUCCAAAAUAAUAUUUUGAGGUGUAGCCCAUGGUCAGUGGAUUUCUAUCCAAAUCCUCUUUGGUCCAACUACACCAGUUACAGGAUUGGCACCCAUUCAAAGCAUUCUGACGUUGUGAGCCCAAAGGGGGAAAGUUGAGGGUUGUCUUUCCUGACAAAUGCUAAUGAAGGUGCACAGUACCCAAGGUUGUUACCAGGAGGGCACUCUACAGGCAGUAUGGUAUGGAAAUGAGUUCAUAAUCUGCUUUAAUCUGCAGUGUUUUAGGUGUGUGGCGUUUUAAAGUAUCUUGUUUUUCAAGCAUUGUUUACUUUCCUGCUAACUAAAUGCUGUGCUCUUCUUUUUUU